GUGAAGGUAGAGCAAGUAUCAAGAAAACAUGGCUGCUAUGCUGUUAAAAAGUUUGCACACUUUGGAAUCGUUGGAGGAACCAACUGCAAAAUGGAGCGUUCCCUUAAGCGAUGGAAAUCACGUGAUAGAAUUCGAACAUGGUACGGCAACGGGUCGUCGAUUGGUGAAGGUUGAUGGCGAAAAGAUAAUUUACAGAGAUUGGAUGUUUCAUUUAGUUGGAGACGAAGUUUUCACUUUCAACGAUAAUAAAUUCGUAAUUAGAAUCGAUCCAAUCCGAGGUUUGAAAUAUUCUUACUCGUUAUGGGUGAAUGGGAAACCUUACAAAAGCUUUGUGCGAUCUCAGUCGAAAAUCUUGGAAACCUGGUUGGCUAAUGUUAGAAACGAAGAAUAUAGAAUAGUUCUAGAUAAACAAACUCAAAACGUUUGGGUGAAUGGCCAACAGACCGAGACUGAGAAUGAAUUUACCGAUGACGGUGCAGAAAUCUUAUUUACGGUAGGAGAUCUCCCAGCAUCGAUUAGAACUUACAGUUCUGGUCAGAAAAAUAUUGGAAUAACAUACUCUUUAUGCAUCGACGAGAUAGAAAUCGGAAAGGAAACGCUUCUCGAUGAAGAUGCAGACAUGUAGCACAAUAUAUGAUGGAUUAUUUCUACACUAUGUUUUUGUUGUUUCACGCACCACAGAACUUUGUUACACUUUGUACAUACGAAUGACCGUGCAUUAAAAUCACCGUAUUCAAAUUUUACAAUUAAACGUUUGAACAUAGCAAAAGAAAAAAGAAUUUCCUUCUUGAGUUCGAUUCAGGCCACGAAAGAAAGAGAAAAAUUCUAACCUCAGAUCCUCAUCCUACAUUCUUGUUAUUUAUUUAAUAAAUGAAUUGUUGAUCACAAUGUCGAUGCGGGAGAGUAUAUUCAGUAUCG